AUGGACAAGGACAAAUGGAACACCGAAAUUCUACCACUGGAAAUGUCCGAUGUCCAGUCUGCACGCUUUCUUCGGGCUCUUUGUCGCAUGCAAACAUACUGUAAUACUUUUGGUAAACGGGGGGACUACUGGAGGCAUGCUGCUGACCAGAAAACGACAGAGAUCUCUUUGGGUCGCUCUUGGUAUCGAAUCGAAGAAAUUUGGGAGCUCUUCUUAAACACAAUGCCACCUUGGGAGGCUGAAGAGAUGGCCUGUGUUUUUGGGCGUAUCUCCGGACUAAAUGGGUUGAAAAGGGUUCGUCGCAUGGACUGGUACAAGAGGAACGAGCAGCUUUAUCCAACUCCUGCGUUCUAUGACAUGUAUCUCGAAGAUGUAACAAACACAGGACCAGGGUUUUUAUACUGGGUCCUCCACGCACCGUCAUACGAGGCGCCCCGGGAUGUUACUAUAGCCAACACCAUUUUUGGCGCUCGGGGAGAUACGUUCAGUACGAUGCUUGGACCUUACUUGGAAUCCUGGGAGUUGGGUCUCCCCGCAGCCAGAUACCAGGAACACGAUGGGAAUCUCGAGGGGUAUUUACGCACCUUGCCCCUCACUGAAAGGCCCAAUUUGAGCUAUGUUCGGUAUUGGUAUGGUGACGGACCCGUCCUGGAAGUAUUCAAUGAUGAUUUGACAGACUUCUUCGCACUCAAUAGUAACUUUGAAUGGUGCUGCGCCCUGUGGGAUGACGAAAGACUCAUCGAGUGGAAAACCCCCUUACCUCUACACCCAUUUUAACCUCUCCCCUUCUCUCCGGCCCCGCGGGACUCGUCCAAAUACCCCUCUCAAUUUGAGAAGUUAUCCACAAAAGGCAAUGCUUUUACUUUGGAGGUAUUAUUCAACUUCUCCCCGUGUCCUUAAUAAUCCCUUAUCAACAGGACGCGGAGCUCUCCGGUCUUCUGUGUUUUGGGCUAACGGAUGGUAAACGUCACAGCGCAAAGCAUGCUAUCUUGAGCUGUCAAGGCAUGAGCAGAAGGAAGGUAGCAAGGGUCAAAGAGUGGAUAGUGGAAGGCCGGGUGAUCUUACAUACUGGUGUCCUACUUCGGCCUACUCAGUAGCAACAUUCAUCAAAGAUAACUAACUGUGAAAAUCUAUACAAUAUUAUAUUUCUGGGCUCCUAAGAAAGCUAUACUUGUCUCGCCUAGGAAAAAAAACCAGCAGCACUACAGGAUAUCACUAUAAGUGAAUAAAGAACUCGGGCAAACCCAAGAACAGAUACCACACAGGCAGGCUCUGAAAACACAUCGCCAGCAAUAUAAUCCCAACUCCUAAACACCCCUUUCUCAGCCUAAAUGCGUACGGAGGAUAUAAUAAGAAAAUCAUACGACCAAUCAGACAGUAUUGACUUCGCCUUCUCCCAUGUGAUGGCAGGAGAUCGGUCGGUCAAAGAACGUAGCCGAGAAGAGCAGAUGGGACUUUAGGGAAGACCAUGGAUCGGGAGGCUGGUACGAUCUGAGACAGAGAGGCACAAAAAAAGUAGAGUAAGAAAUCAUCCACGGCGAGGAAACGCCGAAGAUGCGAACGAGUCACUACGAACGGAGUAGGAACUUUAGAGUGCGCCGGAACAGCAAGGUGCCCCGUAGGACCUGGAGAUCAUCGUCAAAUUUAACAGUCGUUAAAUCUGUCCUUUAAUAUCAACGAUUCUGUGGGCUUCAGCUUUAGCCGCUUCAAAGUAAGGUUGAGCCUUCGCAGUAACAAGUUUAACGCCGUCUGGUUUCUCUUGAAGGAGCUCUUCCGGCACAUGAUCCAGAAUAAAUCGGGCAGCUUGCUCAUCUGACUCAAAACCAAGUUCCUCGGUGAUGAA